AUGCUUUUCCCUACGCCUAUAGGAUCCAUGCGCUUCCUUAGCAUUUGGAGAAGGGAGAAGAGUAAUGAGAGUAUGGAGAAGGGUGAUGAGGGUAGGGAGAAGGGUAAUGAGAGUAGGGAGAAGGGUGAUGAGGGUAGGGAGAAGGGUGAUGAGAGUAGGGAGAAGGGUGAUGAGAGUAGGGAGAAGGGUGAUGAGAGUAGGGAGAAGGGUGAUGAGAGUAGGGAGAAGGGUGAUGAGAGUUGGGAGAAGGGUGAUGAGAGUAGGGAGAAGGGUGAUGAGAGUAGGGAGAAGGGUGAUGAGAGUAGGGAGAAGGGUGAUGAGAUUAGGGAGAAGGGUGAUGAGUGUAGGGAGAAGGGUGAUGAGAGCAGGGAGAAGGGUGAUAAGAGUAAGGAGAAGGGUGAUGAGAGUAGGGAGAAGGGUGAGGAGAGUAGGGCGAAGGGUGAUGAGAGUAGGGAGAAAGGUGAUGAGAGUAGGGAGAAGGGUGAUGAGAGUAGAGAGAAGGGUGAUGAGAGUAGGGAGAAGGGUGAUGAGAGUAGGGAGAAGGGUGAUGAGAGUAGCCGCGUUUUGGGGCUAGACGCGCUCGUUCUGAGCGUUUUUCUUCUACCGGGUCACCUGGCUGCGCUUGUCUGGGCCUAUUGA